AUGGCAGCUAAGAUAGUGGACCUUCGGUCAGAUACAGUGACAAAGCCAACCGAAGCAAUGCGAGGAGCUAUGGCAAGUGCUGAGGUUGAAGAUGAUGUUCUUGACCGUGACCCCUCUUGUUUUCGAUUGGAAACAGAGUUAGCAAAGUUGUUGGGAAAGGAAGCUGCACUUUUUGUUCCAUCAGGCACUAUGGCCAACCUUAUAUCUGUGCUUGUGCAUUGUGACACAAGGGGAAGUGAAGUUAUUCUUGGACACGAUUCCCACAUACACAUUUAUGAGAAUGGAGGCAUUGCAAUCCUUGGAGGGGUGCAUCCAAGAACAGUUAAAAACAAUGAAGAUGGAACAAUGGACAUUGAUUUAAUUGAGGCUGCAAUCAGAGACCCAAAGAGAGAGUUAAUAUAUCCAACCACAAGGCUUAUUUGCUUGGAAAAUACUCAUGGAAACUGUGGUGGUAGAUGUCUUUCAGUUGAAUAUACAGACAGAGUAGGAGAGGUUGCUAAAAAGCAUGGAUUGAAGCUUCACAUUGAUGGAGCCCGAAUAUUUAAUGCAGCAGUUGCACUAGGUGUCCCCGUGGAUAGGCUUGUUCAAGCAGCUGAUUCAGUUUCGGUAUGUCUAUCAAAAGGCCUGGGUGCUCCAGUUGGAUCUGUUAUUGUUGGUUCCAGUAGCUUUAUCAGCAAGGCUAGACGGCUCAGAAAAACAUUAGGUGGUGGAAUGAGGCAGGUUGGCGUCCUUUGUGCAGCUGCACUUGUUGCUUUACAGGAGAAUGUUGAAAAGCUAGAAAAUGAUCACAAGAAAGCUAAACUUUUGGCUGAUGGAUUGAAUGGCAUUAAAGGACUGAGAGUGGACACAUCUUCUGUAGAAACCAACAUGAUAUAUGUUGAAAUUGAAGAGGGCUUAGGAACUACAGCAUCGAAGCUAUGCAAGGACUUGGAAGAGUAUGGUAUCCUUGUCAUGGCAAUGGCCUCAUCCAGAUUAAGAAUUGUGCUCCACCACCAAAUAUCUGCAAAUGACGUGCAUUACGCCUUGUCAUGCUUUCAGCAAGCUGUGGAUGGAGUACCAAAUGAAAAUGGCAAAUAG